AUGCCGGCAACAGCGCUAUCCCGUCCCUUCCAGUCACAAGACAACCCCCCCAGCGACAACACGCAGAGCAUGGACCCGGGGUCCGAAUCCCAACGUCCAAUGCCGAAAAAGGGAUCGAAUGGGCCAUCGAAAUGGACGGGGAAACGGGUUGCAAUUGUGACCCUGAUCGUGGUGAUGGUCGUCUUCACUAUUGUCUUGGUCGUCACAUUGCCCAUCGAGCUGCGACCCCGGAGCAGCUACCGCGUUGCUCGCGUUGAUCCCAGCUAUUACAAUGGAGCCAAUCGUCCCAAACGUGUCUUGGAAAACUUUCCAGAUCCUGGUCUGCUUCAGGUUAACGGUACCUGGUAUGCCUUUGGGACCAAUGAGGCGAACAACGAUACGGAGGUACCGAGGGUGCCAGUCGCAAUAUCGUCAGACUUCCUCAAUUGGACCAAAUUGGAGAGUCGGCAGGUGCUACUGCCAGAUGGCGAUUGGGAAACUGACGUUAACCACUGGGCGCCGGACGCCAUGCAGCGGGACGAUGGAGAGUUUGUGCUCUACUAUUCUGGGGAAUUGAAGGAUUGGAAGCGACACCACUGCGUUGGCGUUGCCGUCACGAACAACACGAGCCCCCUGGGCCCCUACGUGCCACAGAAUACUCCCCUGGUCUGUCCCCUAGACCAAGGUGGUGCCAUUGACCCCUCUCCAUUUAAAGAUGUCGACGGAAAACUUUAUAUCGUCUACAAAGUCGACGGGAAUAGCAUCGGAAAUGGCGGAAGGUGCAACAACAGCAAGCCACCCUACAAGUCUGUCCCCAUCAUGCUGCAAGAACUCGAGAACAACGGUACUGCUCCUAUUGGAGAUCCGGUGCAGAUCUUCGAGCAUGAUAGCGAUGAAGAUGGCGAGCUGGUCGAGUCCCCCAACCUCAUCCGGACGGCGGAGGGUGUGUACUACCUCUUCUACUCUUCCCAUUGUUUCAUAUCGCCCGAGUAUGAUGUCAAAUAUGCCACUUCACCAUCAAUCCGCGGCCCUUAUACUAGGGCCAAAAGAGAGUUUCUCAGGACUGGCGAUUUUGACCUCGAUGGCCCUGGGGGCGCUACCGUAUCAAAGGACGGAACAAAGAUGGUUUUCCAUGCGAAUUGCGACCAUGAGCGAUGCAUGUAUGUGGCAGGAAUCCACAUCAACUCGACUGCGUUGAAUGUCACCUUGACUUCCUUAUGA